CUAAGUUUAAUUAUGUCUCCAGCACCGUCUUAUUUGGUACUCUUGUUCAACAAAAAGAUUUGGGGCUGGGGACAGGAGGCGUUGUAAAAGGCACGGGCUUGGGAGGGUCUUUUGGCUCCCUGAAGUCCAAUGAAAGGCUUCUCAGGCUGCUUAUUCUCAGAGCAGAGCCGGGGCCGGGACCCAGAAGUCUGCUUUUGGCCACCGCCAAACAGCUGCACUGGGAACGGUCAAGGCACAGCUGGAACCUCUGCCAAGGGCCUCCGGGUGUACCAGCCGGGUGGCACGCGAGGGAGCCCCAGCUGAGCGGAGCUACGCGGAGACCAAGGCCCUCCUCCUCCUGCGAGGAGCUGGAGAGCCGGGCGGACGCAGCAGCCACCACCCCGAGGCUCGCAGGAAGAAACCGGGACGUUGCGAACGCCGAGCGGGCUCGCCCAGCGGCGCGUGGCACGCGCGAGCCCUCCCGCGCAUGUCCCCCCGCCCCCGCCCCGGGUCCCGCCUCUUUCGGUCCUUCUCCCUCUCCACAGCAGCCGCCUCCGACUUCGGCCCCUCCGGCCGGGCGGCCGACGUGCCGCGUGCGUGCGGGCGCCUGACUUCACUUCCGGCUAACGCGCUCUGCUUGCCCCCUGGCCCCGGAUGGUGACUGGCGGUGGUGCUGCACCUCCCGGGACUGUCACUGAGCCGCUUCCCAGUGUGAUUGUGCUGAGCGCAGGCCGGAAGAUGGCGGCUGCGGCUGCGGCGGCCUCGGGCCCGGGCUGCUCCUCCGCGGCGGGGGCGGGGGCAGUCGGGGUCUCGGAGUGGCUGGUGCUGCGGGACGGCUGCAUGCGCUGCGACGCCGACGGGCUGCACAGUCUCUCCUACCACCCGGCGCUCAACGCCAUCCUGGCCGUCACCAGCCGCGGGACCAUCAAAGUCAUCGACGGCACCUCGGGGGCCACCCUACAGGCCUCGGCGCUCAGCGCUAAACCAGGUGGACAGGUGAAAUGUCAGUACAUUUCUGCUGUGGAUAAAGUUAUAUUUGUGGAUGAUUAUGCAGUAGGAUGUAGGAAGGACCUUAAUGGAAUCUUGUUGUUAGACACUGCUCUGCAAACUCCAGUUUCAAAGCAGGAUGAUGUGGUUCAGCUUGAAUUACCUGUUACAGAGGCGCAGCAGCUCUUAUCAGCAUGUUUAGAAAAGGUAGAUAUUUCUAGUACGGAGGGUUAUGAUUUGUUCAUCACACAGCUCAAAGAUGGUUUAAAAAAUACAUCACAUGAAACUGCAGCAAACCACAAAGUUGCUAAGUGGGCCACAGUUACAUUUUAUCUUCCUCAUCAUGUGUUGAAGUCCAUUGCCAGUGCCAUUGUAAAUGAACUCAAGAAAAUAAAUCAAAACGUUGCUGCCUUACCUGUGGCGUCCUCAGUGAUGGACAGAUUGUCUUACCUCUUACCUAGUGCACGUCCAGAACUCGGAGUGGGGCCAGGCCGUUCUGUAGACAGAUCAUUGAUGUAUAGUGAAGCUAACAGGCGGGAGACAUUUACCUCAUGGCCUCAUGUAGGCUAUCGGUGGGCACAGCCAGAUCCCAUGGCUCAAGCUGGAUUUUAUCAUCAGCCUGCCUCAUCUGGAGAUGAUAGAGCCAUGUGUUUUACUUGUAGUGUAUGUCUCGUUUGUUGGGAACCUACUGAUGAACCUUGGUCUGAACACGAGAGACAUUCCCCGAACUGCCCCUUUGUGAAAGGUGAGCACACACAGAAUGUGCCACUGUCGGUCACUCUUGCAACCAGUCCUGCGCAAUUUCCCUGCACGGAUGGAACCGACAGAAUAUCUUGCUUUGGGUCGGGAAGCUGCCCUCAUUUUCUAGCUGCUGCAACUAAACGAGGGAAGAUCUGUAUAUGGGAUGUUUCUAAACUUAUGAAGGUGCACUUAAAGUUUGAAAUUAAUGCCUACGAUCCUGCAAUUGUACAACAGCUUAUUCUGUCAGGAGAGCCGAGCUCAGGAGUUGAUUCCAGGAGACCAACAUUGGCAUGGCUGGAGGAUUCCUCUAGUUGCUCAGAUAUACCUAAGCUGGAAGGAGAUAGUGAUGAUUUACUGGAGGAUUCUGACAGUGAAGAGCAUUCCAGAUCAGAUUCUGUGACAGGGCACACAUCACAGAAGGAAGCCUUGGAAGUAAGCCUUGAUAUUACAGCCCUCAGCAUUCUCCAACAGCCAGAAAAACUCCAGUGGGAGAUUGUUGCAAAUGUGCUUGAAGAUACUGUUAAGGAUCUUGAAGAACUUGGGGCAAAUCCCUGCUUAACAAACUCUAAGAGUGAGAAGACAAAGGAAAAGCACCAGGAACAACACAACAUUCCCUUUCCAUGUUUAUUAGCUGGAGGUUUAUUAACAUAUAAAUCUCCUGCUACCUCACCCAUUAGUAGUAAUUCUCAUAGGUCACUGGAUGGUUUAAGUAGAACUCAGGGUGAAAGUAUAUCAGAACAAGGGUCAACUGACAACGAAUCCUGCACUAAUUCAGAACUGAAUUCUCCUCUAGUGAGGAGGACUUUACCUGUUUUGCUUCUUUAUAGCAUCAAGGAAUCUGAUGAGAAAGCAGGAAAAAUCUUCUCACAGAUGAACAAUAUUAUGAGUAAAAGUUUGCAUGAUGAUGGUUUUACUGUUCCACAAAUUAUUGAAAUGGAGCUGGAUAGUCAGGAGCAGUUGUUGUUGCAGGAUCCUCCUGUUACUUACAUUCAGCAAUUUGCAGAUGUAGCAGCCAAUCUUACCUCUCCAGAUUCUGAGAAGUGGAACUCUGUGUUUCCCAAGCCUGGGACUUUGGUUCAGUGCUUGAGGCUGCCAAAGUUUGCAGAGGAGGAGAAUCUUUGUAUAGACUCAAUAACACCUUGUGCUGAUGGAAUUCAUUUGUUGGUAGGACUGCGGACAUGCCCUAUUGAAUCCUUGAGUGCAAUAAAUCAAGUAGAGGCCUUGAAUAAUUUAAAUAAAUUAAACUCUGCACUAUGUAAUCGAAGGAAAGGUGAGCUGGAAUCGAAUCUUGCUGUAGUGAAUGGUGCAAAUAUUAGUGUAAUCCAACAUGAAUCACCAGCAGAUGUACAGACUCCUUUGAUAAUUCAGCCUGAGCAGAGGAAUAUUAGUGGUGGAUAUUUAGUUCUUUAUAAAAUGAAUUAUGCCACUCGGAUAGUGACUUUAGAAGAGGAGCCAAUAAAAAUCCAACAUAUCAAAGAUCCCCAGGACACAAUUACCUCGCUCAUUUUGCUUCCACCAGAUAUAUUAGAUAAUCGGGAGGAUGAUUGUGAUGAACCUGUUGAGGAAAUGCAGUUAACCUCAAAGAAUGGCAUCGAAAGAGAAAAAACGUCUGACAUUUCUACUCUUGGACACCUGGUAAUAACCACUCAGGGAGGAUUUGUAAAAAUAUUAGAUCUUUCAAACUUUGAAAUUUUGGCCAAAGUGGAGCCUCCUAAAAAGGAGGGCACUGAGGAACAGGACACAUUUGUUUCUGUCAUUUAUUGCUCUGGCACAGAUAGGCUGUGUGCAUGCACCAAAGGUGGUGAGCUUCAUUUUCUCCAAAUUGGAGGAACCUGUGAUGAUAUUGAUGAAGCUGAUAUACUGGUGGAUGGAUCUCUUUCUAAAGGAAUAGAACCAUCUGCAGAAGGUUCCAAACCUUUAUCAAAUCCUUCAAGUCCUGGCAUUUCAGGAGUUGAGUUAUUGGUGGACCAGCCAUUCACCCUUGAAAUCUUGACAUCUCUAGUGGAGUUAACCCGCUUUGAGACUUUGACGCCACGGUUUUCAGCUACUGUUCCUCCAUGCUGGGUUGAAGUUCAACAAGAACAGCAACAAAGGAGGCAUCCUCAACAUUUGCAUCAGCAACACCAUGGAGACGCUGCUCAGCAUACUAGAACGUGGAAGCUGCAGACCGACAGCAACAGCUGGGAUGAACAUGUAUUUGAAUUGGUAUUACCUAAAGCUUGUAUGGUUGGACAUGUGGACUUCAAAUUUGUUUUGAACUCAAAUAUCACCAACAUUCCACAGAUACAAGUGACCCUGCUGAAAAAUAAAGCUCCAGGCUUAGGGAAAGUCAAUGAAACAGCAGUAGAUAGGCAGAUCACCUUUCCUUUGUCUCCAGCUCUUAACAUUGAAGCGGAACAAAAUGGGAAACCGUCCUUGAUUGAUAUGAAUGAAGAAAUGCAGCACAUGGAUGUAGAGGAAUCACAGUGUCUUAGAUUGUGUCCAUUUUUAGAAGAUCAUAAAGAAGACAUUCUGUGUGGCCCAGUGUGGCUUGCUAGUGGCCUUGAUUUAUCAGGGCAUGCUGGGAUGCUGACGCUGACAAGCCCCAAACUUGUUAAAGGUGUGGCAGGAGGAAAAUACCGUUCGUUUUUAAUCCAUGUCAAGGCAGUGAAUGAAAGAGGAACAGAUGAGAUAUGUAAUGGUGGUGUACGCCCUGUAGUAAGACUGCCAUCCCUCAAACACCAGAGCAACAAGGGUUACUCACUUGCUUCACUCUUGGCAAAAGUUGCAGCAGGCAAGGAAAAAUCAUCUAAUACUAAGAAUGAAAAUACAAGUGGCACCCGUAAAUCUGAAAACCUCCGGGGCUGUGACUUACUCCAAGAGGUCUCUGUUACCAUUCGGAGAUUUAAGAAAACAUCGAUUUCUAAGGAGAGAGUGCAACGAUGUGCCAUGUUACAGUUUUCAGAUUUUCAUGAGAAGCUUCUUAAUACUCUUUGCAGAAAAGCAGAUGACGGUCAAAUCACAGAACAUGCCCAGAGCCUUGUGUUGGAUACUCUCUGUUGGUUAGCUGGAGUAUAUUCAAAUGGACCUGGAAGCUCAAAGGAAGGAAAUGAGAGCCUCCUUUCAAAAACACGAAAAUGUCUUUCAGACAUCGUACGUGUUUGCUUCUUUGAGGCAGGACGAAGUAUAGCCCAUAAAUGUGCCCGAUUUCUAGCCUUGUGCAUUAGUAAUGGCAAGUGUGACCCAUACCAGCCAGGAUUUGGAUCUGUUCUAUUGAAGGCCUUACUUGAUAAUAUGUCAUUUUUACCUGCAGCAGCAACUGGUGGUUCUGUCUAUUGGUAUUUUGUCUUACUGAAUUAUGUUAAGGAUGAAGAUUUAGCUGGGUGCAGCACAGCUUGUGCAUCUUUGCUUACUGCAGUGUCCAGACAGUUACAGGACAGGCUAACACCAUUGGAGGCUUUACUUCAAACAAGAUAUGGAUUGUAUAGCUCACCAUUUGAUCCAGUCCUCUUUGAUUUGGAGAUGAAUGGCUCUUCUUGUAAAAAUGUAUAUAACAGCAGCAUUGGUGUUCAGUCAGAUGAAAUUGAUUUAUCAGACGUCCUUUCAGGAAACGGAAAGGUCAGUAGUUGCACAGCUGCUGAGGGUAGUUUCACAUCUCUCACUGGACUUCUGGAAGUUGAACCCCUGCACUUUACUUGUGUCUCAACUAGUGAUGGAACGAGAAUAGAAAGGGAUGAUGCAAGUACGUUUACUGUGAGUUCCUUCGGGGUUACUCCUGCAGUAGGUGGACUAUCUUCUGGGACAGUUGGGGAAGCCUCGACAGCCCUGAGUUCAGCAGCCCAGGUAGCUUUGCAGUCUCUCUCUCAUGCAAUGGCUUCAGCCGAGCAACAGCUACAGGUGCUGCAAGAGAAACAGCAGCAGCUUUUGAAGCUUCAGCAACAGAAAGCAAAGCUGGAAGCCAAGUUACAUCAGACAACAGCUGCAGCAGCUGCAGCAGCAUCAGCAGUAGCUCCUGUUCACAACUCUGUGCCUUCCAACCCGGUGGCUGCCCCUGGAUUCUUCAUUCACCCAUCUGAUGUUAUUCCACCCACUCCAAAAACAACACCUCUUUUCAUGACUCCACCACUCACUCCGCCCAAUGAAGCCGUUUCUGUUGUGAUUAAUGCUGAGCUCGCACAACUUUUCCCAGGCUCAGUCAUCGAUCCCCCUGCAGUCAAUCUUGCUGCACAUAACAAAAAUUCCAACAAGUCCAGAAUGAAUCCACUUGGUUCUGGUCUAGCCCUUGCAAUUUCUCAUGCUUCACAUUUUCUUCAACCUCCCCCUCACCAGUCCAUUAUUAUAGAGCGAAUGCAUUCAGGGGCAAGGAGAUUUGUGACCUUGGAUUUUGGCAGACCUAUAUUGUUGACAGAUAUUUUAAUUCCUACUUGUGGAGAUUUGGCCUCCUUAUCAAUUGACAUUUGGACAUUAGGAGAAGAAGUGGAUGGAAGGCGAUUGGUAGUGGCAACUGAUAUAAGCACCCAUUCACUAAUUCUUCAUGACUUAAUACCACCACCUGUGUGCAGGUUCAUGAAGAUCACUGUCAUUGGACGUUAUGGAAGUACAAAUGCCAGAGCUAAAAUCCCAUUAGGAUUUUACUAUGGUCAUACCUAUAUCUUGCCUUGGGAAAGUGAACUGAAGUUAAUGCAUGAUCCUCUAAGGGGAGAGGGAGAAUCUGCAAACCAGCCAGAAAUUGACCAGCAUUUAACAAUGAUGGUUGCUCUGCAGGAGGAUAUACAGUGCAGAUAUAAUUUGGCUUGUCAUCGUCUGGAAACUCUUUUGCAAAGUAUUGAUCUUCCUCCUCUCAACAGUGCUAACAAUGCACAGUACUUUUUACGAAAACCAGACAAGGCAGUGGAGGAAGAUAGUAGAGUUUUUUCUGCUUAUCAAGAUUGUAUUCAGUUACAGCUUCAACUGAAUUUGGCUCAUAAUGCAGUGCAGAGACUCAAAGUAGCUCUAGGUGCAAGUCGGAAGACGCUGAGUGAAACAUCAGAUCCGGAAGAUUUAAUUCAGAUGUCUUCCACAGAGCAGUUACGUACUAUCAUCAGAUAUUUAUUGGACACUUUGCUCAGCCUUCUUCAUUCUUCUAAUGGACACUCUGUUCCUGCAGUUUUGCAGAGUACAUUUCAUGCCCAGGCCUGUGAAGAGCUCUUUAAACACUUGUGCAUCAGUGGAACCCCAAAGAUACGAUUACAUACUGGUCUUCUGCUUGUUCAACUAUGUGGUGGUGAAAGAUGGUGGGGUCAGUUUCUCUCUAAUGUUCUUCAGGAAUUGUACAAUUCAGAGCAGCUUCUCAUCUUUCCACAGGAUAGGGUCUUCAUGUUACUUUCUUGCAUUGGUCAACGAUCACUUAGUAAUAGUGGAGUAUUAGAAAGCUUACUUAACCUCUUGGAUAAUUUAUUGUCCCCUCUUCAGCCACAGUUACCCAUGCAUAGGAGGACAGAAGGAGUACUAGACAUCCCCAUGAUCAGUUGGGUUGUUAUGCUGGUGUCCAGGUUGCUAGAUUAUGUGGCAACUGUUGAAGAUGAAGCAGCAGCUGCAAAGAAACCUUUGAAUGGUAAAGACAGGGAGAGGUUUCUGACAGGUAAUCAGUGGAGUUUUAUUAACAAUAAUCUGCAUACUCAGAGUUUAAAUAGAUCUUCCAAAGGUAGCAGUAGCCUCGAUAGAUUAUAUUCCAGAAAAAUCAGAAAGCAGCUUGUUCAUCAUAAGCAGCAACUUAACCUAUUAAAAGCAAAACAGAAGGCUUUGGUGGAACAGAUGGAAAAAGAAAAAAUACAAAGUAACAAAGGAUCAUCAUAUAAACUCCUGGUGGAGCAAGCAAAACUAAAGCAGGCUACUUCAAAGCACUUUAAGGAUUUAAUUCGAUUACGUCGGACAGCAGAAUGGUCCCGUUCUAAUUUAGAUACAGAAGUGACAACAACAAAAGAAUGUCCAGAGAUAGAACCACUUCCAUUUACUCUGGCCCAUGAACGUUGUAUCUCAGUUGUCCAGAAACUUAUUUUAUUUCUCCUCUCCAUGGAUUUUACAUGUCAUGCAGAUCUCUUAUUAUUUGUUUGUAAGGUUCUUGCACGCAUUGCAAAUGCCACAAGGCCAACAAUUCAUCUGUGUGAGAUUGUGAAUGAACCCCAGCUGGAAAGACUGCUAUUGCUUUUGGUUGGAACUGACUUCAAUAGAGGAGAUAUAUCUUGGGGUGGUGCUUGGGCUCAGUAUUCCUUGACUUGUAUGCUACAGGAUAUUUUAGCAGGAGAAUUGUUGGCUCCUGUAGCUGCAGAAGCCAUGGAGGAAGGAACGGGAGGUGAUGAUGUAGGAGCAACCGCUGGUGAUUCUGAUGACUCCCUCCAGCAGUCCUCAGUUCAGUUGCUGGAGACCAUAGAUGAACCUUUAACACAUGAUAUAACAGGUACACCUCCUCUUUCUUUGGAAAAAGAUAAAGAAAUUGACCUAGAACUACUCCAAGAUCUAAUGGAAGUUGACAUUGAUCCUUUAGAUAUUGAUUUGGAAAAGGAUCCUCUUGCAGCCAAGGUUUUUAAGCCAAUAAGCAGUACAUGGUAUGAUUAUUGGGGUGCGGAUUAUGGCACCUACAAUUACAACCCUUACAUUGGAGGUCUGGGAAUUCCUGUAGCAAAGCCACCAGCAAACACAGAGAAGAAUGGAUCACAGACCGUUAGUGUUUCGGUGUCUCAGGCUUUAGAUGCUCGUCUAGAAGUUGGACUUGAACAGCAAGCAGAACUUAUGCUGAAAAUGAUGUCCACCCUGGAAGCAGAUUCCAUUUUACAGGCUUUAACAAAUACAUCUCCAACGUUGUCACAGUCUCCCACUGGAACAGAUGAUUCACUUCUAGGGGGUUUACAAGCUGCAAACCAAACCAACCAGCUUAUCAUACAGUUAUCAUCAGUCCCAAUGUUAAAUGUUUGUUUCAACAAACUUUUUUCCAUGCUUCAAGUCCAUCAUGUUCAGUUGGAGUCACUUCUCCAAUUGUGGCUCACAUUGAGCCUGAAUUCUAGUUCAUCUGGAAACAAAGAAAGUGGAGCAGACAUAUUUUUAUAUAAUGCUAAUCGAAUACCUAUCAUUUCAUUAAAUCAAGCAUCAAUUGGUAGCUUUCUCACAGUGUUAGCUUGGUAUCCUAAUACUUUGCUCCGGACCUGGUGCCUUGUGCUUCACAGCCUAACACUCAUGACAAACAUGCAGCUUAAUUCUGGUUCCAGCAGUGCCAUUGGAACUCAGGAGAGUACUGCUCAUUUGUUGGUUUCAGAUCCAAACCUUAUUCAUGUGUUAGUGAAAUUCCUUUCUGGCACCAGCCCACAUGGAACAAAUCAACACAGUCCACAGGUUGGUCCAACAGCUACACAAGCUAUGCAAGAGUUUCUUACUCGAUUACAAGUACAUCUUUCUUCAACAUGUCCUCAGAUAUUCAGUGAAUUUUUGCUCAAGCUAAUUCACAUACUUUCAACUGAAAGGGGUGCUUUCCAGACAGGCCAAGGACCUCUUGAUGCCCAAGUGAAGCUCUUAGAAUUCACUCUGGAGCAAAAUUUUGAAGUUGUUUCAGUUAGUACCAUUUCUGCUGUGAUCGAAUCUGUCACAUUUUUGGUGCAUCACUAUAUCACUUGCUCAGACAAAGUAGUAUCUAGAAGUGGAUCAGAUAGCUCUGUGGGUGCUCGAGCAUGCUUCGGAGGACUGUUUGCCAACCUCAUUCGUCCAGGUGAUGCGAAAGCAGUUUGUGGUGAAAUGACAAGAGAUCAGCUUAUGUUUGAUUUGUUAAAACUUGUGAACAUUUUAGUACAACUGCCUCUUUCAGGCAACAGGGAAUACAGUGCAAGAGUGUCUGUGACCACCAAUACAACAGAUAGUGUUUCAGAUGAAGAAAAAGUCUCAGGAGGCAAAGAUGGCAAUGGAAGCAGUUCCAGUAUUCAAGGAUCACCUGCUUAUGUUGCUGACUUAGUCUUGGCCAAUCAACCGAUUAUGAGCCAGAUUUUGUCUGCUCUGGGCCUGUGUAAUAGCAGUGCCAUGGCAAUGAUAAUUGGGGCAAGUGGAUUACAUCUCACUAAACAUGAAAAUUUUCAUGGUGGAUUAGAUGCCAUUUCAGUUGGGGAUGGAUUAUUCACCAUAUUGACAACCCUUAGUAAAAAAGCUUCUACAGUCCACAUGAUGCUGCAGCCAAUUUUAACCUACAUGGCCUGUGGAUAUAUGGGCAGACAAGGCUCUCUUGCUACUUGUCAGUUAUCUGAGCCAUUAUUGUGGUUCAUUCUGAGAGUAUUGGAUACUAGUGAUGCCUUGAAAGCAUUCCAUGAUAUGGGUGGUGUUCAACUCAUAUGCAACAAUAUGGUUACUAGUACAAGGGCUAUUGUUAACACUGCAAGAAGUAUGGUAUCAACUAUUAUGAAAUUUCUUGAUUCUGGUCCAAAUAAAGCUGUUGACAGCACUUUGAAAACAAGAAUACUGGCUUCUGAACCUGACAAUGCAGAAGGGAUCCAUAACUUUGCACCCCUGGGUACAAUCACAUCUAGCAGUCCUACUGCCCAGCCAGCUGAAGUGCUUUUGCAGGCUACACCCCCUCAUAGAAGAGCUCGCUCUGCUGCCUGGUCCUACAUCUUUCUGCCAGAGGAGGCCUGGUGCGAUCUUACCAUUCACCUUCCUGCAGCAGUGCUCCUUAAAGAGAUACAUAUCCAGCCUCAUCUUGCAUCUCUUGCAACCUGCCCAUCCUCAGUGUCCAUUGAAGUAAGUGCAGAUGGAGUAAAUAUGCUACCUUUGUCCACUCCUGUUGUCACAAGCGGCCUCACCUACAUAAAAAUUCAACUUGUGAAAGCCGAAGUAGCUUCUGCUGUUUGCCUUAGACUACAUCGUCCGCGAGAUGCCAGCACGUUAGGCCUCUCACAGAUUAAAUUAUUGGGCCUCACCGCUUUUGGUACCACUUCUUCAGCAACAGUAAAUAAUCCUUUUCUUCCGUCUGAAGAUCAGGUAUCCAAAACAAGCAUUGGGUGGUUACGGUUAUUACAUCACUGCCUUACUCAUAUAAGUGAUCUGGAAGGAAUGAUGGCAAGUGCGGCUGCACCUACUGCUAACCUGCUACAGACUUGUGCCGCUUUAUUGAUGUCACCGUAUUGUGGAAUGCAUUCACCCAACAUUGAGGUUGUGCUUGUAAAGAUAGGACUGCAGUCCACUAGAAUUGGCCUGAAGCUUAUAGACAUUCUCCUGAGGAAUUGUGCCGCAUCAGGCAGUGAUCCUACAGAUUUAAAUAGCCCUUUACUUUUUGGAAGACUGAAUGGACUUUCUUCGGACUCUACAAUAGACAUUCUUUACCAGCUUGGAACAACUCAGGAUCCUGGAACAAAAGACAGAAUUCAGGCCUUGUUAAAAUGGGUCAGUGAUUCUGCAAGAGUGGCUGCCAUGAAGAGAAGUGGCAGGAUGAACUAUGUGUGCCCUCACUCUUCAACAAUAGAGUAUGGUCUUCUGAUGCCCUCUCCUUCUCAUUUGCACUGUGUAGCAGCAAUUCUGUGGCAUAGUUAUGAACUGCUUGUAGAGUAUGAUUUACCAGCACUGCUGGACCGAGAGCUCUUUGAGUUACUUUUUAAUUGGUCCAUGUCUCUUCCCUGCAGUAUGGUUUUGAAGAAAGCUGUUGAUAGUCUCCUUUGCUCGAUGUGUCACAUACACCCAAAUUACUUUUCUUUGCUCAUGGGCUGGAUGGGAAUUACCCCUCCUCCAGUGCAGUGUCACCACAGACUAUCCAUGACCGAUGAUAGCAAAAAGCAGGAUCUUAGUUCAUCUUUAACAGAUGACUCAAAAAAUGCACAAGCCCCUCUGGCACUAACCGAAUCACAUUUGUCAACCCUUGCUUCCUCUUCUCAGUCUCCAGAAGCUAUUAAACAGUUACUAGAGUCAGGUUUGCCUUCUCUUCUUGUGAGAAGUCUGGCUGGUUUCUGCUUUAGUCACAUUUCUUGCUCAGAAAGCAUUGCUCAGCCUAUAGAUGUUUCCCAGGACAAGCUCAGGCGACAUCACGUUCCACAACAAUGUAGUAAGAUGCCUAUCACGGCAGACCUGGUUGCUCCUAUUCUUAGGUUUUUGACAGAGGUUGGCAAUAGUCACAUUAUGAAAGAUUGGCUUGGCGGUUCUGAAGUCAACCCAUUAUGGACAGCACUUCUGUUUUUAUUGUGUCACUCUGGGUCCACUUCUGGAGGACAUAAUUUAAGCGUACAGCAGACUAGUGCAAGAUCAAUUUCUCUCUCUUCGGCUGUUACAACAGGAUUGACUACUCAGCAGCGCACAGCAAUUGAGAAUGCAACUGUUGCAUUCUUUUUGCAGUGUAUUUCAUGCCACCCUAAUAAUCAAAAGCUGAUGGCACAGGUUCUUUGUGAACUAUUUCAGACCUCUCCUCAGAGAGGGAACCUUCCAACAUCUGGGAACAUUUCAGGAUUUAUACGAAGAUUAUUUUUACAGUUGAUGCUAGAAGAUGAGAAAGUGACAAUGUUUCUUCAGUCCCCCUGUCCAUUGUAUAAGGGUAGAAUUAAUGCUACUAGCCAUGUCAUCCAGCACCCGAUGUAUGGAGCAGGCCACAAGUUCCGUACUCUUCAUCUGCCAGUCUCAACAACACUGUCAGAUGUUCUUGACAGAGUGUCAGAUACUCCAAGUAUCACAGCUAAACUAAUUAGUGAACAAAAAGAUGACAAAGAAAAGAAAAACCACGAGGAGAAAGAAAAAGUAAAGGCAGAAAAUGGAUUUCAGGACAAUUACAGUGUUGUUGUUGCCUCUGGGUUGAAAUCCCAAUCUAAACGUGCUGUGUCAGCUACACCGCCUCGCCCACCAUCCAGGAGGGGAAGGGCUAUACCUGAUAAAAUAGGAAGUACUUCCUCAGGAGCAGAGGCUGCUAACAAAAUAAUCACUGUCCCAGUGUUUCAUCUGUUUCACAAACUCUUGGCAGGCCAGCCAUUGCCAGCUGAAAUAACACUUGCCCAGCUUUUAACUCUCCUGUAUGACCGAAAACUUCCUCAAGGUUACCGCUCAAUAGAUCUAACUGUCAAAUUGGGAUCAAGAGUUAUUACAGACCCAAGUCUGUCAAAAACAGAUUCUUUUAAAAGACUACACCCUGAAAAAGAUCAUGGAGAUUUACUUGGUAGCUGUCCAGAAGAUGAGGCUUUCACUCCAAGCGAUGAGUGCAUGGAUGGGUUAUUGGAUGAGUCUUUACUGGAAACCUGUCCUAUUCAGUCACCAUUACAAGUUUUUGCAGGAAUGGGUGGACUGGCUCUCAUUGCAGAAAGACUACCCAUGCUAUAUCCAGAAGUAAUUCAGCAGGUGAGCGCUCCAGUUGUAACAUCUACCACUCAGGAAAAGCCAAAGGAUAGCGAUCAGUUUGAGUGGGUGACAAUUGAACAGUCAGGGGAAUUAGUUUAUGAAGCACCAGAAACAAUUGCAGCUGAACCUCCACCCAUCAAGUCAGCGGUACAGACCAUGUCUCCCAUCCCUGCUCACUCUCUGGCUGCUUUUGGAUUAUUUCUUCGUCUUCCGGGAUAUGCCGAAGUGCUACUCAAAGAGAGAAAACAUGCCCAGUGCCUUCUUCGAUUGGUAUUGGGAGUGACAGAUGAUGGAGAAGGAAGUCAUAUUCUGCAAUCUCCAUCAGCCAAUGUGCUUCCAACCCUUCCUUUCCACGUCCUUCGUAGCUUGUUUAGCAGUACACCUUUGACAACUGAUGACGGUGUACUUCUAAGGCGGAUGGCCUUGGAGAUUGGAGCCCUACACCUCAUUCUUGUCUGUCUCUCUGCUCUGAGCCACCAUGCCCCACGAGUUCCAAAUGGUAGCCUCAAUCAAGCAGAGCCACAAGUGUCAAGCUCUCAUAACCAUACAUCAACAGAAGAACAGCAGCUGUAUUGGGCCAAAGGGACUGGCUUUGGAACAGGCUCGACAGCUUCUGGGUGGGAUGUGGAACAAGCCUUAACUAAACAAAGGCUUGAAGAGGAGCAUGUUACUUGUCUUCUGCAGGUUCUUGCCAGUUACAUAAAUCCUGUGAGUGGUGUGGUGAAUGGAGAAGCUCCGUCAUCUCCGGAGAGUAGAGGACAGAACAGUAAUGCCCUUCCUUCUGUACUGUUAGAGCUUCUUAGUCAGUCCUGCCUCAUCCCAGCCAUGUCAUCUUAUCUACGAAAUGAUUCAGUUCUGGACAUGGCGAGACAUGUGCCGCUCUACCGGGCUCUGCUGGAAUUGCUCCGGGCCAUUGCUUCUUGUACAUCUAUGGUGCCCCUGCUGUUGCCUCUUUCUACAGAGAAUGGUGAAGAGGAAGAAGAACAGUCAGAGUGUCAAACAUCUGUUGGCACAUUAUUAGCCAAAAUGAAGACCUGUGUCGACACCUACACCAACCGGUUAAGAUCUAAAAGGGAAAAUGUUAAAACAGGAGUAAAACCAGAUUCAUCGGAUCAAGAACCAGAAGGACUUACUCUUUUGGUACCAGACAUCCAAAAGACUGCUGAGAUCGUCCAUGCAGCCACCACCAGUCUGCGCCAAGCAAAUCAAGAGAAAAAACUAGGUGAAUACUCAAAGAAGACAGCUUUGAAACCCAAACCUUUGUCAGUAUUAAAAUCACUUGAAGAAAAAUAUGUGGCUGUUAUGAAGAAAUUACAGUUUGACACCUUUGAAAUGGUUUCUGAAGAUGAAGACGGGAAAUUGGGUUUUAGAGUAAACUACCACUACAUGUCUCAGGUGAAAAAUGCAAAUGACGCAAACAGUGCUGCCAGAGCCCGCCGUCUCGCCCAGGAGGCUGUGACACUUUCGACCUCGCUGCCUCUGUCAUCAUCCUCUAGUGUGUUUGUACGCUGUGAUGAGGAGCGACUUGACAUCAUGAAGGUUCUGAUAACUGGUCCUGCGGACACCCCUUACGCGAAUGGCUGCUUUGAGUUUGAUGUAUAUUUUCCUCAAGAUUAUCCCAGUUCACCCCCGCUCGUGAAUCUAGAGACAACUGGGGGUCAUAGUGUACGGUUCAAUCCAAACCUUUAUAAUGAUGGCAAGGUUUGUUUAAGCAUUUUAAAUACAUGGCAUGGGAGACCAGAAGAAAAGUGGAAUCCUCAGACCUCAAGCUUUUUGCAAGUUUUGGUGUCUGUCCAGUCCCUUAUAUUAGUAGCUGAGCCUUAUUUUAAUGAACCAGGAUAUGAACGGUCCAGAGGCACUCCCAGUGGCACACAGAGUUCUCGAGAAUAUGAUGGAAACAUUCGACAAGCAACGGUUAAGUGGGCGAUGCUAGAACAAAUAAGAAACCCUUCACCAUGCUUUAAAGAGGUUAUACAUAAACACUUUUACUUGAAAAGAGUUGAGAUCAUGGCCCAGUGUGAAGAGUGGAUUGCAGACAUCCAGCAGUACAGCAGCGACAAGCGGGUGGGCCGGACUAUGUCUCACCACGCAGCAGCUCUCAAGCGUCACACUGCUCAGCUCCGUGAAGAGUUGCUAAAACUUCCUUGCCCCGAAGGCUUGGACCCGGACUUGGAGGAUGCCUCAGAGGUGUGCAGGGCCACAGCAGGUGCUGAGGAGACACUAAUGCACGAUCAGGUCAGACCCGGCAGCAGCAAAGAACUCCCCAGUGACUUCCAAUUAUGAGCUGCGUUGAUGUGGACUUCAUAGACACAAAGGCUUCGAAGCACAAGCCAAAUAUGUCAAUAUUUGUAUGUAAGAAACUAAUUAUGUAAUAGGUAAUGAAACUGAAACUAUACUAUGCCCUUAAGGAGAUCCAGUUUAAUUCAAGGUGAUCUUUUAUUUACCUGUACAAGAGUGUAAACUUUUUGUGCUUUUAUUUUUCAAUUGUGAGAACCACUGAUUGGUAUGUUCAACAAAUUUGUGUAUACAAAGAAAUGGAUAAAUCACUGAUACAUAAGGGAAACUACCUUAGGAAGAAUGUUUACUGAAUGUUUUUUUCUGUUUUUUUUUUUUUUUUUUACAGUAGAGUGAGAGGUUGUUAACAAAGAAUAUAUAUUGGUCAUUCUUACAACUACUAUUUAAAGUCAGCAACUUUUCACUGAAUUUGAUAGAUUUAUGUUUGGCCAUAUCUUCAUGCUCAUUUGAUUUCUGAAGACCUCCUCCAUACACUUCAAUAAAAGUUAAAUGGACAUACUCCCUCUUUUUUGAUUUACUGGUACAUUUUUUAAAUAAUAAAUCUGCCAUAAAAUGCAUUAUAGCUGGAGACUUGCACUUGUAUGGAUGAAUUUAUUACAUUCAACAUAUUUAAUUUUAUGCCUUCUAAUUCUAAGAUGCAGAAAAAAAUAAAUGAACAUGAUUUUAUUCUAUGCCAACAUUUGCGCCUCUGAAUGUAUCUGUUAUUUGAAUUUAAGUAAAUGAAAAGGAAUGGGUCAAUUUGAGAAGUCACUCUAAACUGAUUUUUUUCUAAAGGGCUCCUUUUUCCUGGAUUAUCUGGUUUUAUUACUAAAGUCACAUGUAUGUAUUACCGUUGAGGCUCUGUAGAGGAGAGAGGAUGUACCUCUCUGGUGCUGUUACAGUACAUUCUGUACCUGCCGUACAGGCUCAUUUUCAUGCAAAUUCUUCCUAGAGCCAAAUAAAUAAAGACUUAGGUGAAUUAGUA